AUGCCGUAUUUUCGGGUUUGCCUCGACGCGGAAACGGAGGGAGUUGUGGCUAUUCGGCCCGUUCGGCCUCGGAUUUGGGGGCUUAAGUUUGAUUGCGGCAGUUGCCGGGAAACCAGCCCGCACUUUGUCUACGUGGACGAGAGGGAGGAACGCGACAGCGGCGGCGGGGGUACACGCAACGCCGUCUUCAAAUGCGCCUUCUGCAAGGCGGUCCUGACGGCCACGAUCGACACGGAAAGCUACGGCAAGUACACCCCUGGCGGGGACGGCGGCGUCUUGCUGAUCGAGGUGCGUGGCGCAUCCCCGGCGGAGCUCGAACUGGACAAUCAGUGGGUGGUCGAGGCGGAGGGCUCGGCCUUUGAGCGGGUCGACCUAAGCGAGGAUUGGGUGGACUACGACGAGGCUAGCGGCGCGCCCGCCAGCGUGUCCGGCGUUUCCGUGAGGUUUGAGCGGGCAAAGGGGACGAAACACGGGUAG